AUGGAGGUGGCAUUGUUGUACUUCGCCCUGCUAACACCGGCGCAGGCAGAAAUGCAGAUGCCCUUCCCGGGUCUCGACAUGUCAGAGUUUUGCCGCAAGACACCGCUGCCAUUUCUCUGUCCGGAAGAGUUCGCAAAACAACACCCACCACCACCGAGCUGCAAAGAAGCCCCAGAUCGCUGUUGCUUGCAGUCAAGUUGCAUCAUGAUGGGUCCCUACUUCCUACCUGGAAUUGGAGAGUGUCGGCCAGACCGUGGCAAGACAACGUGCGCAGACCUGUCGACGCCGUUUGGCGGCACAGGGGUCUGCCAGUGCGUCGAGGGCGUAUGUGCAAGCAAUGGCGUUUGCAUGGGUGGAGGUAGCUUUCUUGGAAUGCGUCUUCCAUUCUCAACGCUAUACCAGGAUGGUGAGCAUGUGGUACCUCCGGAGGACCAUUCGGCGUUGUGGAUGACACUAGGGGCUGCCUCAUUGCUGCUUGUAUGCGCCGUACUGCGGCCCACGGCCGCGCCGGCGAUCAGCGACAGCGGCACCGAGGCACUCGAGGAGCGUGCCGGCCUUCUGGGAAGUGUACACGGAACUCAGCCUUUUGAAGAUGACACUUUCUGA